AUGGCAGAAGUCACUAUCACAGGCUGGGACACGCGCGAUGUGCGAUUCCCAACAUCUCUCGACAAGACAGGCUCGGACGCCAUGAACGCAGCAGGCGACUACUCGGCCGCAUACUGCAUCUUGAAGACCGACUCGCCCUUCUCCGGUCACGGCAUGACCUUCACCAUCGGCCGCGGCAACGACAUCGUCUGCAAAGCCAUCGACAACGUCGCCGACCGCAUCAAAGGCCGCACGCUCUCCUCGCUCGUCGCAAACUGGGGCCAGACAUGGCGCUACUUAGUCUCCGACUCGCAAUUACGCUGGAUCGGGCCUGAAAAGGGCGUCAUUCACCUGGCGCUCGGCGCGGUCGUAAACGCCAUCUGGGAUCUGUGGGCCAAGACGUUGAACAAGCCGGUCUGGAGAAUCGUGGCGGAUAUGUCGCCGGAGGAGUUUGUGCGCUGUAUUGAUUUCCGCUAUAUCACCGAUGCGAUCACGCCGGAUGAGGCGGUGCAGAUGUUGAAGGGCGAGGAGGAGGGCAAGGAGAAGAGGUUGCAGGAUGCGUUGGAUAGUCGCGCUGUGCCGGCAUAUACUACUAGUGCAGGGUGGCUUGGGUAUGGGGAGGAGAAGAUGAAGGGACUGUUGGAGGAGACGUUGAGUAAGGGGUACAGGCAUUUCAAGCUGAAGGUUGGGACGAGUAUUGAGGCGGAUAAGAGACGGUUGGCUAUUGCGAGGAGUGUUAUUGGGUAUGACAAGGGAAAUAUUUUGAUGGUGGAUGCGAAUCAGGUCUGGUCUGUCCCCGAAGCCAUCGAAUACAUGCAACAGCUCAAAGAAUUCAAACCCUGGUUCAUCGAAGAGCCCACCUCCCCCGAUGACAUCCUUGGCCACAAAGCCAUCCGCGACGCUCUACGCCCCCACGGAAUCGGCGUCGCCACCGGCGAAAUGUGCCAGAACCGCGUCAUCUUCAAGCAGCUCCUCGCCAGUGGCGCUAUCGACGUCUGUCAAAUCGAUGCCUGCCGCAUGGGUGGCGUCAACGAAGUCCUGGCCGUCCUCCUGAUGGCCAAGAAGUUCAACGUCCCCAUUGUGCCGCAUAGCGGCGGUGUGGGACUGCCAGAAUAUACGCAGCAUCUGAGCACGAUUGAUUAUGUUUGUGUGAGUGGGAAACUCAGUGUGUUGGAGUAUGUGGAUCAUUUGCAUGAGCAUUUCAAUCAUCCGGCUGUUAUCAAGGAUGGGUAUUAUCAGACGCCCCAGGAGCCGGGGUAUAGUGUUGAGAUGAAGCCCGAGUCGAUGGAUCUGUUUAGCUUUCCGGGUGGGGAGAAGGGGUGGUGGAAGAGUGCGGAGGCGAAGCCGAUUUUGGAGGGCGAGAAGAUAUAA